UGUAGCUGCCAGAUGCGGCGUGGAAAACAUCACACCGGUUGCGGAGGGGUGAUAGCCGGUGAUAGCGGGAGGUUUGUGCUUGUGUGGCGCUUCAUGGAGCCUCCUCUGUGGUAGACAAAACAACUCUUCUUGAUCCCACGCACAAACUUAAACGAGUGCAUGAUCCUGGCGCUUGAAGAGCAGUCAUAUAGGGUUUGAGAAGUCAUCUGUCUUUGCCAACAUUUGGGCAUCAGUGGUCGUCGGUUCAUUGAUAGUACUUAGGCCUAGACGACGUCAAAAUGACAGCGGCCAACACGAUACAGUAUAAGAAGUCGUCAUGGUGGGUUCGUAUGAAUCCAGACAAACAGGACACUUUGCUCAAGAUGUCGAUCCUAUCAAUGGCAGCAGUUCUUUCCUUCGUUUGUCGUCUGUUCUCUGUGCUACGUUUUGAGAGUGUUAUUCACGAGUUCGAUCCCUACUUCAACUACCGGACCACGAAGUACCUUGCCGAGCAGGGCUUCUAUAGCUUUCACAACUGGUUCGAUGAUCGGGCAUGGUAUCCGCUUGGCAGGAUUAUAGGUGGAACUAUCUACCCUGGCUUGAUGGUGACGUCUGCGGUCCUCUACCAUGCAUUGCAGUUCCUGCACAUAACCGUGGAUAUCCGAAAUGUUUGCGUGUUCUUAGCACCAUUCUUCUCCAGUCUCACCACAAUUGUCACUUUCCUUCUGACCAAGGAGCUGAGGGAUACAUCGUCAGGACUCGUGGCAGCAGCCAUGAUCUCCAUUGUUCCUGGUUACAUAUCUCGGUCAGUGGCCGGGUCCUACGAUAAUGAGGGCAUUGCCAUCUUCUGUAUGCUCCUCACAUACUACAUGUGGAUCAAGGCUGUCAAGACUGGAGCUGUUUCUUGGUCCGCUCUCUGUGGUCUCGCUUACUUUUACAUGGUUUCCUCCUGGGGAGGUUAUGUGUUCCUGAUCAACCUUAUUCCCCUUCAUGUUCUUGUGCUGAUGGCCACGGGGCGCUUUUCCCAUCGCAUUUACGUUGCUUACAGCACGCUCUACGUCCUUGGCACCCUGCUGUCGAUGCAAAUUUCCUUCGUGGGAUUCCAGCCUGUGCAGUCGUCUGAACACAUGGCGGCUCUGGGAGUAUUUGGGCUUUGCCAGCUUCAUGCCUUUGUGGACUAUGUGCGUUCCAAAUUGCCCAAGGAGCACUUUGAACUUCUCUUCCGAACCGUAGUGUUUGCCACUGCAUCACUGGUCUUGGCUGUUGGUGGAGUGCUUACCAUUCUAGGCAAAAUUUCACCGUGGACUGGGAGGUUCUACUCCCUGCUGGAUCCGUCUUAUGCCAAAAACAACAUUCCCAUCAUUGCAUCUGUGUCUGAACAUCAGCCCACUUCGUGGUCUUCUUUCUACUUUGAUCUCCAGCUUCUCGUUUUCAUGUUCCCCGUGGGACUCUACUUCUGCUUCUCACGCCUGACAGAUGCUAACAUUUUCAUCAUCCUUUAUGGCAUCACCAGCAUCUACUUUGCGGGUGUGAUGGUGCGUCUGAUGUUGGUUCUUGCACCCGUUAUGUGCAUCCUGGCGGGCAUCGGUGUUUCUGCUAUGCUCACUACUUACGCCAAGCAAGUGGAUCCACUUCCACAGGACAAGAAAGGCAAACGACAUGAGGGAAACUACUUCUGGCGAACUGAGGUUGCCCAGGGCUUUGUGGGCAUGAUGGCCAUCUUUCUGCUCUCUUAUACCUUCCACUGCACCUGGGUCACAUCCGAAGCGUAUUCUUCUCCCUCCAUUGUGCUCUCCGCUCGUGGUCACGACGGAUCGCGCAUCAUCUUUGACGACUUCCGAGAGGCAUACUACUGGCUGCGCCACAACACUCCAGAGGAUGCAAAAGUGAUGUCAUGGUGGGAUUACGGCUACCAGAUCACUGCCAUGGCCAAUCGUACAAUUCUUGUGGACAACAACACGUGGAAUAACACGCACAUUUCUAGAGUGGGUCAGGCCAUGGCUUCAUCCGAAGAGAAGGCUUACGAGAUUAUGCGGGAACUGGACGUCAACUAUGUUCUAGUCAUCUUCGGAGGGCUCUCUGGGUAUUCCUCCGACGACAUAAACAAGUUCCUGUGGAUGGUUCGCAUUGGAGGCAGCACUGAUCGGGGCAAGCACAUCAAGGAGCAGGACUACUACUCAUCAUCUGGGGAGUUUAGUGUUGACAAGCAGGGAUCUCCUACUCUGCUUAACUGCCUCAUGUACAAGAUGUGCUACCACCGCUUUGGCUCUGUCUACACGGAGGCUGGAAAACCUCCAGGUUACGACAGAGUGCGUAAUGCUGAAAUUGGCAACAAGGACUUUGAACUAGACGUCUUGGAAGAGGCGUACACGACAGAACAUUGGCUGGUUCGCAUCUACAAAGUGAAGGACUUACCCAACAGAGGGACAUAGUGCCUGCUUGCUGCCAGCCUGGGGGUGAAGGAUCACUUGUCUUGUGGGUUUUUAUUUCUGCCAUUUUGCAUUUUUGUGGCAGAAGCUCAAUGUUACAGAAAAUAAAUUUUGUACAAAAAUGUA